ACGCAACCGUAGCUCUACACUUUAAUCGCACUUUAAUAGCUUAAAUACAGCUAUGUUUAUCUUGGCGCCUUAAGCUACGAUAAAGAAACAUCACCGGUCUGGACGUUUUCUCAACCAUCAUAAGCAAUGUCGGGCGCAGACCCAUUAUACACAGUCUUCAUACGACUGCCGUUCCCCAGAGGAGACUUCGUAGAUCCUCCAUCUGUGGAAUGGGAUGCAGCCAAGGACAAAGCCUUGUGGAAGAUCCUAUCGAAAGCUUCGAAGAACAGUGAUAUUGAUUGGAAUGAAUUAGCUUCAAAAUUCGAAGUAACACUAGCCUUCCUACUCCAACAAGCAGCAUGGCUUUACGAACGUCAGCUAUCACAAGUUCGUGCACAGAUGAGGAAAGUCGGAGUGUCGAAAACAUCUGCCGCACCAUCACCAAUUCCUGGCAGUGCAGCUGAUUCUGCGGGAGGAGAAUCGAUGAGAAGGACGGGCUCUGGAGGUGGUGGACCUCGAGUUACAUCUGCGUUGUCUGCAAGAAAAGACUCUCCGAUACCUGGCAGUAUCCCAAACACUCCAGGUAGAUCUAUGGCCCCUCCUUUCUCUCGCACAUCUUCAGCAAAUACAACAGUCACAUCCCGCAAUUUUGCACCGCAAACAAGCCCACGUCCAGCUCAAGCAACACUAAACCGUCGUUCGCUUUCCCCUAAACCGAAAUCACGUCCAACCUCAAUAGCCAUUGAUCCCCCAACCCGCUCGCCAAGACCAGAUCCCCUCUCUUCCCCCUCCGUCAGCUCCUCGGAUUCCUCAUCCGAUGACUCUCCUCCUCUACAAAGCCGUCUUCUCCGCCGCCCUCCGAGAUUCUCAAACAAACUUGGACAAUCGGAAGACGCUGACGAUGAUGAUGACGAACCUGCAUUCAUGCCCUUCUCCACACCUGCAGAAGCUGGCACAACGCACCAUGACCCAUCUGCCACUUUACGAGGAGAUCCGAGGAGUAUGGGUCGAAAGGUACCAGUGUAUAGGAAGAGUAUGGACGCAGCAUUGCAAUCAGCGACCAGUGACUCCAGUGCAAGUUCGACACCUGCUACGAAGAGGCCGGGGCCACUGCAUGGUUUGCACAGACAGCGACCGACAGGUCCUCUGAGCCCCAAGAGGACCGCGGAACUGGCGGGUAGGAGUCCGGGGAUGAAGGGAAAGGGGAGAGAUGGCAGUGAAGGGAGUCCGAGUAUGGGAAGUAGUUUCAGUGACCUGGAUGAUGCUUCAGUGACGCAAAGUGCGUUGGAAGAGGCGCUCGCCAGUAAUAUGCAAGCUGGUGGUAUGGCAAGCAGGAUGAGUACAAUCAGUCAAGCGCUAAGGAGUAAGUAUUUGUGAUUGUAAAUCUGGAGUAAUAAUUUGGCGUUCCGGCUGGAGGCAGGUUCUUGGUAUGCGCGAGCAUAGGAGUUGUAUAAGAUUGGACAAUAUGAGAGCACAGCAUCGAAUUGAAGACUACAACGAAAUUCAAAGUAGUCACCUCACCACCCCAGAUUUGAUAGUUUUAAAUUUUC